AUGCCAGCCGCUAACGCGCUCGACGCUCAAGCAACAUCCAAAAGUUCAGCACUCCUACCAUUUCACCUAUCGUACCCCAUUAACGCCAUGGCCGAAGUACAAUCACCUCCGCCUGCUGCUGCGCCAGAAAAUUUCGAGCUUACUGCCGAAACUUCCAUAACCGCCUCGACAGACCUUGUUCCCGCCGCCGCACCUACUUCCGAGCAAGUCAUCAUCACAACCAAUGCAGAUGGCAAAAAAGUCAAGAAGAUAAUACGUCGCAAACGACGACCUGCCCGACCUCAAGUCGAUCCGGCCACAUUCAAAACUGAAGCUCCCCCGGCUACCGGUACCAUCUUUAACAUUUGGUAUAAUAAGUGGAGCGGCGGUGAUCGCGAGGAUAAAUAUCUGUCCAAGACUGCGGCGCAAGGACGCUGCGUUGUCUCACGGGAUAGCGGAUACACUAAGGCCGACAAAACACCCGGAGCUUACUUUUGCCUCUUCUUCGCACGAGGAGUAUGCCCUAAGGGUGUCGAUUGCGAAUACCUACAUCGCCUCCCAACCGUCACCGAUAUCUUCCCUUCCAACGUCGACUGUUUCGGACGCGACAAGUUCUCGGACUAUCGCGAUGACAUGGGAGGUGUGGGUACUUUCCAGCGACAGAACCGAACACUGUACAUUGGUCGCAUUCACGUCACCGAUGACAUUGAAGAAAUAGUUGCCCGGCACUUCCAAGAGUGGGGCCAGAUCGAGCGAACACGUGUUUUGACGGCGCGUGGAGUAGCUUUUGUCACGUACAUGAACGAAGCAAAUUCGCAAUUUGCCAAAGAAGCUAUGGCGCAUCAGUCGCUCGACCAUAGCGAGAUCUUGAACGUGCGAUGGGCGACCGUGGACCCGAAUCCUGCUGCGCAAAAGAGGGAGGCGCGACGGGUUGAAGAGCAGGCCGCGGAAGCAAUAAGAAAGGCGCUACCAGCGAGCUACGUAGCGGAGCUUGAAGGGCGUGAUGGUGAAAGUAAGAAGAGGAGGAAAAUCGAGGGCAGUUUUGGGCUGCAAGGGUACGAGGCCCCGGAUGAUGUGUGGUAUGCCAAAGAGAAGGCAGAGUGGGACCAGUCCAAAGGGAUUGGCGCGCCUGACGAGAGACGGAUGAUCGAAGGUGGUGAGGUGGCCCCUGAAGGGGAGGGCGAGGAGGAUGGAACGUACGGAAUUAUGCAGCAGAGACAAACACAAGCCAAUGAAGGUAUACUAUCGGGCUCGACAUUGCAGGCUUUGAAAGGGUACACCGCGAAUACGACAGCGCAAAAGGCGCCCCCGGCUAUGGGAUCGUUAGUUGGAUACGGGAGUGACGACGACAGCGACUGA